AUGCCUCUCUGCCUCCCCCGGGGAGGGUCAGGGGCGACUAGCGGAACAGGCUUGCUUCUUCAGCAGGGAAGAGAGGAACAAGCGAGCUCGAGAAGAAGAGGAUGGCGGACUCGAGCACAGGAGCACCGCGGAGAGGAAGACAAGAAAGCGACUGAACGAAGAAGGCGCAACUUCCUCGGAAUGCGUUUGCCGGGGCGACGCCUUUUUUUCCUAUCGUCUCCGCGGCGGGGUUGGUGGUUCUGUGGAGACGAAGAGACACGAGAGCUUCCUCUCAGCUUUUUCGCGUCUCUCUGUGCCCCAGAGAACGCCCACAACGUCCUUUCCGCGGGACUUCGGUCUCGCUUUGUAAGUCCGUCUUGGAGACAGCUCCCGUUGCCUCUGUCUUCUCUCCUCAGGCCGACUAGCCGCUUCUCUCGCGAAGUCUCGCCAUGCCGAGAUCCUCCUCCUGCUCGCUGCUGUGCAAGACGGUGA